AUGACUGAUGCUAAAUCCGCAUCACCCAUGUUGGCUCUAGAUACCAAAUUGUUAUGGCCCUUUGUCUGGGAUCAUGUUGACACAGUCCUAGACGCGGUAGAAGCUUUGUUUCGACCUAUAGUGAAGGCAUGUGCGAUUUACAACAAUUGGUGGCCCAUGUUAUCAGCUCUGAUGUAUGUGCUGGUGCCUAUGCCUUGCUUAUUCUUUGGAGGCGGGUCUACUCAUUUUAUGAUGAGCCGCGAGGGUGGGGGUUGGAUGGAUGCUGCAAAGUUUUUGACUGGAGCAUCAGCUAUGGGGAGCAUAGCCAUUCCUAUAAUCCUUAAGCAUGCUCACAUGAUUGAGACUGGGGCAAUGCUCAUUGAGCUUGUAUCGUUCUUCAUAUUUAUAUGUACAGUUAUGUGUUUCCACCAAGCGAGCCUUGAUGAUGAUUGGUAA